UUCAGCUUUGGGAAACAACUGUGGUGGUCAAACUUGACUGCCUUGGCAACGGGGACAAGAUGCUCGUGAGGCUCAGAGGCUGGAACGAUGAAGACGUCCUGGCGCUGCUGACGCUCUUCCGGAAGCAUCUGCUGUACUACGUCUACGCGUCUGAUAGUCAGUUUGCUGAGGUUAUGCGGGCAGAGCUGCCAGGUAGUAUACUUUUUUAAUGCAGAUAUUGGAUACCAUAGUGAGCUGGAGCUGAGUCUGCUUUGCUACCACUUGGCUACGGAUAGAUAAGGCGGCGUCGGAGAUCCUGGAGAUGGUACGGGCGUUGAUGGAUCAGUUCGGGCUCACACUCAGUACCAAGAAUUUCCGGACGGACGGUAGGGUGGACGACUUCAGCCACUGCAAUGACAAUAAUUGGAGACUUGAAAUGGCUAUCCAGCUAUACCAGAAACCUUCAAACCUAAUGGGGUGUUGUGCAUGACUUAUUGAUGACAGUAAUUGUGAUGAACGGGCACAAGAUGUUUGUCUACGAGCAUAUCUACGAAUCGAUCCGACAAUUGCCGGAAAACCGGGCUGGAGGAGUGUGGUUGCCGGACGAGCUCAGUCGCUUCCUUCAAAAGGCCAAGCAGUAUCGCGAUCGGUUUAGUGACAACCAAGAGAAAUAUUUUAAACGAGUGCAGGUGUGGGGCAAAUCGAUUGCCGAAACGAAAAGCAAGUUUUACGCGCUACGAGAAUUAUUUAUGAGGGAGAAACACCGCAUGCGUCAGCGGAAAGGAAUAGGAGUAAAGCGCCUCGAGCUCUUGAAAGAUAUUUUCACCGAUGUACCACCCUCCAGUCGAGCAGACACAGUACCCGUGCUGCCCAGUAAAGCGCCUAAGCUGUGGUCGUCACAAGAGAUGGAGGCCCUCGUUGAUUUUGUUGUUCGAAUCACUACUCAGAUUCAAAAGACGGGUAGUUCAGACCUCGUGGAUGGUGUGGCUAUUGCGUUGCGCCGAACGGACGGGUCAUGCGUGAAUAAACUCGCUGACAUGAGAGAGAAGUUCUUGAAAAAGGCGACAAUGAUUCGCGCAGCCAACUUGCCAGACACGAUUUAUGAUCCAAGCUCAGAAGCGCACAAGAUUUUUAGUGCAGAUUGGAAUGAUCGCAACGACCCGUACGCGCUUGGAUAUCUAGCGCUUAAAUCACGGAGCCUCCGACUGAAUUCCGAGCGCCAUAAGAAGCGACGAGCCAAAAGUAUCUGGUCACCGCGACCUAAGCUGCGGUCGUCAACAAUGGCAGCUCGUGGUACACCAAGCGGGGACACAAGCGCAGACCACCCGUCAGUAUCAAGUGCUGCAGUUUUGUCAACAACGAAGCCAGUUGGAAGGCAGUCUCGCAACAAUAAGACGAGUGCAGCGCAGCAGUCACAUCGUUCUGGAAGAUCAGCGAGUGCAUUACCGGCAAACGACUAUGCGUCGUUUGUUAGGGAUAUUGCAGAACGGUACCAAUGGACGGAGAAAGUGGUGCAUCAUGUCCUUCGGUGCAUGCAGCACUCGAUUGGUUUGUACCGAUCGAACAAAUUGGUUGAUUUCUUUUCCAAGAUCGCAAGUUUGACACCAGACGUCACGUUCCAUGAUCUUUUCGCAAAUGCACAGCACAUUCUAAUCCAGUAUAAGCAACGAUUUGGCACUUUAGAAGACUUUGAAGAUCUCGAUUUGACGGCUUCAGGCACGAAUUCGCCGAUAGCAACCUCCGACCACGAAACAAAAGAGCAAGACCAUAUACCAGACAAUGAAGUGAAGGAUGCCUCGGUCGCUGCUGAUACCCAAGGCAAAGCGGCUGAAGAGAAUGCAACUGUGGCACGCAGCUCUGAAGAACGCAUUGCGGAUGGAGGGAAUUGUGGGCAGGAUCAAUCUCCGGUAGUCGAACCUCCAGUCCAGCAGACUUCCCAAUCAAAUAGUGGUAAUGCUGAUGUUGGUGAAGACAAUCACGAUGGAGAUGCUGAAGCCAAACCCGACGGCGAGCAAUCUCCAUUUCCCGAGUCACCAGCUCAGACCCCUCAAACAGGCAAUGAGGAUGCUGCACUUGAUGACGAGCAUGAACAUGAGCAAUCUCCUCUUCCCGAUUCGCCACUCCAGACACCCCAGACAGGCAACGAAGAUGGCGCGGACGAACACAGUUCGAGCACUACUGAAAAGCAAUCCAGUCCAGGUUUGUUGACUCGUAGUUGCGAUUAUAUCCUACCAUCAACUUAUGUUACAUUGAUGGGACCAGCAGAUACAUGGGACGAUGGAGCUGACGGUGAUGCUGACUUAGAUGACGAUGACAACCAGUCAGUCGGCUCGUCGGAUAACGCGUGUGCGUAGUGUUUUUUUGUGGCCAUGCAAGUACUCAAGUGUAGAAGAUCAUUCGUGUUUGUUUGUCGUAUGCAGGGUCCGGCUCGAGCAAUUUUUCAGAUACGAAGGAUACCCACCAUCAUUCAAAGGACAAUUGUCCUUUGAACAACCUGCUUCCUGGGCAACAUGCUUCGAAGAAACCAUUCAAACGUGGCAAAGAUGAGCAAUACGGAAAGAAUUUUAACUUGGCCAAGAAGCGCCGUCUGGAUGAGAAACCAUCGACAACAACUAAAGAUGACGAUGAUGAUGAAGACGAAGGUUACGACGAAGGCGACGAUGAAGAUGAGAGUGAGGAUGCUGGCGAUGAACCAUCGGCUGAUGUAGACAGCCUUAGCUCGGAUGGAGAACUUGAGGAAACUCCUCACGCGCUACAGAGCAUUCUGGACUCUUUAAAUUCGCACAUGGUUGAGCUACAAGAGAAACAGCGUGUUCUCAUCGAGCAAAAGGAGGAUCGUCAGUGGCGCCAACACCAGUAUGCUGACCGUCAAUACGGUCAAACGAAUGUACAAUCGUUUUCGUCACAGUGGUAAAUGGAAAUGACAUGGAUUGUCAUGGUGUAAGACUUGUUGCUGUUUGUUGGACGUCCAAGUUGUCUACGAGAGAAUUAUAUUGUAGUCAACCAACUUUUUGAAGCCGUGUGGGAGCAUUGUAGUAAUCUGAACGAAUUCCUCAAGCUGCAAUGGUACAUAUUGAGUGUCAGUACAUGCAUUUCUAUUGAUCUACACUUCAUCGUCG